CCUUCCUGAGUGUAUUCCUUCCCCUUUUUUGUGUAUUAAUAUCUUAUUAAUUUCGCAGGCAUUUGUCCUUAUUUGGUACUUUAUGUUGUUAGUAGCCUCCCCACACGAAAAACACCCUUAACGGGAACAACUAAAGGACGGCAAAGGACACAGGCAUAGCCGAAAUAUUUGGAUGGAAAAAUAACAAAAAUGCAAAGCAAUGAGAAAUUGGCUUUAAAAUAAAAUACACAAUUUAAUCCGCCCAAAUCAGUGACUUUUGAUAAAGUGAAAAUAACCAUAACCGGUUAACAGUUUAUUCAAUUCAACCAACAAAAUGUUCAGGAGCAAAAAUGAAGGGAAUAUUGUGUACAAAUGCACAGUACGACUCCUCGAUGAUUCCGAUGUCCUAGAAUGUGAAUUUCAGCCGUUCCAUAAAGGUAUUUACUUACUGGAGUAUUUGUGCGGGGAGUUGGAGAUAAAAGAAAAGGAUUACUUUGGCUUGCGAUAUGUAGACUCUGCAAAACAAAGGCAUUGGCUUGACCUAUCCAAAUCCAUAAUAAAGCAAUGUAAAGACCUGGAUCCAUUAUUAUUUUCUCUAAGAGUUAAAUUUUACCCAGCGGAUCCAUUUCGACUGACUGGAAAUGCACGGAUUAUGUUAUACCAGCAAUUAAAAAGAGAUCUUCGACAUGGCCGUUUGUAUUGCUCCUUGGGGGAAGCGGCUGCAUUAGGUGCUUUAAUUGUUCAAGAGGAGCUCGGCGAUUAUAACGAAGAUGUGCAUAUAGGAGGUUACGUAUCUUCCAUAGAAUUAGCCCUUCGACAGACCGAGUAUCUGGAAAAAAAGAUAAUCGAGCUGCAUAAAAAGCGAGAGCCUGGGCAGGAUCUCUCCCUUGCAAUGGACGAGUUCCUUGGAAUAGCACGCGGAUUGGAAACCUAUGGAAUUGACCCUCACCCCGUGAAAGAUCAUCGGGGCUCCCAGCAAUAUAUUGGAAUAAAUAACUCGGGUAUUAGCACCUUCGUUACCGGGAAACGAUCUCAACAUUUUCGCUGGAAUGAAAUUCAUAAAAUCAAUUUUGAAGGCAAAAUGUUUAUAGCACAUCUGAGUUAUACCGACGCCAGCCGUGAGCCUAAAAAACAUACUGUGGGGUUCAAAUGUCCAACAGGCGCCGCAUGUCGAUAUUUGUGGAGAUGUGCCAUCGAACAAAUGCUGUUCUUCACGUUACCCAAUAGCCAAAGUGCAGCUGUGAUUUCAGGUGGUGGAUUUUUCUCCUGGGGCACAAAAUUCCGAUACACCGGAAGAACUGAGCGUGAAAUUUUGACUGAAAACAUAAAUGCAUUGCGGGAACAAAAAAUAAACAAUUCGAAUUCUAGCAAGCGAAAGGCGAGCAGUGUGCCAGCCACGCCGUCCAGUCCCCAGGGAGACCUAGCACAAAUAAGAUACAGCAGCUUACCGCGGUCGACAAUGUCGGAGCCCCUGGGAUACGGCAUGCCAAAUGGGCAUUUUUACGGGCACGAUCACGGGAUGAUCGAGGCAAAUGGGGGCAUCCAGAUAUCCAGCUUGGAGCCCGUUUGCGAGGAAGCUCGUCUGAGGUCGUCAAACAUCGAAGGCGUCAACUAUCUGGCGUCCCAAAUGGGGGGCUACGCCUAUCGGGACUCCAUCGAACAUUCUUCCACAGAAAGCGGUCUGACCGUGAAUGGCUACGAUCAUCCGAGAAAACACAAUGAUUCUAAGCAGCAUGGGUCGUACUCCCCGAAUUUGUACUACGGACAGCCGGAUGCCACCUUGAACUCCAGUUUGCCUACCGAUAACUUUCUGCACUCGGACCAAUCCAUUCGCAAAGUAAAGAAGUUUCGCAAAUUCCACUUACUACACGCCUUUGUGCCGUCCGUCAUUUUUGUGGCUUUUGCGAUGGCCGGAACUGCUGUUUUCAUAAUGGAAUCCGAGUCGGAGGCCUUUGAGCAAUUGCGCAACUCCCCCGAAAUGCUUUGUCUGCGGUACCAAUACUAUCAGCCUUUGAAGGAGUUUGUUUUGGAAAAGUUGGGCCGGAGAAAAUAAGGGUUUUUUAAUUAUGUAGACGCAUCUUUAACUCCACUAGCUACAGCUGUAUCGAGUAUUUUAAAACGUAUUUAAGUGAAUUCUUUAUUAUUAUGCUGUAAUGAUUCCAUAUUAAAAACAAAAGCCUGAAAUU